CAGAUUUAAUCAUGUUUAGUCUCAGGAAUAACUUGAUCAGGAAGAUUCGGACUUACGGAAAGCAUACCACUCCCAAAAGGAGUUUUGCUAAGAUGAAGAAAUUGUCCACCACUUUCCUUCAAAGACCAGGAGAAGGAAAUGUAAAGAGAGUUUCUCUAAUUGAUGGAGAAGGAGUCGGCCCAUACCUCACAGAUUCAGUGCAAGAAAUUUUUCAAGCAGCACAGGUUCCAGUCAGAUUUGAAAACAUUCCAAUGGUAGAAGCUAAGGAAAUGUCUAUCAAUAUUGAAAAGCAGACUUUGGAUAAGUUACACCAAAAUGAUGUGAUCCUCAAGGGUCCCAUCUCUAACGAUGAUACAUUGAUGUGGAACAAUCACGAGAUUUCUAAAGCAUUAGAAAUAUACGCUUAUAUCGUUCAUGCAUUCACCAUCCCAGGAGUAAACACCAGACAUAAAGAUAUUGAUAUCGUGUUGAUCAGAGAGAAUAGUGAAGGAGAGUAUGCCUCAAUUGAGCAUGAACUUCUUCCAGGAGUCAUCGAAAGUAUCAAGGUUAUUACUCGUGAGAGUUCCUUAAGAAUUGCAGAGUAUGCAUUUGAAUAUGCUCUCUUGUCUAAUAGGAAAAAGAUCACCGUAGUUCAUAAGGCAAAUAUCAUGAAGCUCUGUGAUGGAGAGUUCUUGGAAGCAGCAAGGGAGAUCUCCAUAAGAUACCCAACAAUCUUGUAUGAAGAAAUGAUUGUUGAUGCCACCUGCAUGAAUUUGGCAACAAAUCCCCAGGCCUUUGAUAUUAUGCUUCUUCCUAACUUAUAUGGAUCCAUUAUCGGAAGUAUCAUCGCAGGUAUUGUAGGAGGUGCAGGAAUUGCUCCAGGAGCAAACAUUGGAAGAAAGUAUGCCGUCUUUGAACAAGGAGCUAGACACUCUGGAAAAGAAUUGGCUUUUACAGGUCAAGCUAAUCCCACCGCCUUCAUUCUCUCAGCAGUAAUGAUGUUGAGACACUUAGGACUUCCAUUCUUCGCUGAACAAAUCCAGAACUCUGUAUUCAAAACCUUGGAGGAACAAAAGAUCAGAACCCCCGAUAUUGGCGGAAACCAUCACACUGCAGAUUUUACAAGAAGAAUUAUUGAGAAUUUAGACUAAGUAUCUUCAGCAAAGGGCCAUUUUUCAACACUUAAA